CAAAUCAAACAGAGUUCACGUCAAUUUGCAACCUAAGUUCUAUCAUCUAUAGCGUGACUCUCAUUCUCGAUAUUCUCUCGGCUGCAAUGAGAGCUCUCGUUGCUAUUCUCCUGCUAAGCCUGCAGACUCGCUGGGUCCGUGGACUCACAACUCCGACAUUGAAAGCGCGCUAUCAUCGUCCGGAAGGGGUUGAGCUUCUUGAUGACGAGUACAUCGUUCUACUACGUCCCGGUUAUACAAUAGAAGCGGAUUGCGAAUGUAUCGGGCGAGACUUGCAAAAGGACCGCUCUUUCCACCAUCUUGACUCCAUCAACGGAUACACUGCCCAACUAAAUUCGAACACAGUUCACGACCUUAUUCGCAAUGACCCAGGAGUUCGCCUUGUUGAACAUGGCUUCAAGGUUCAGAAUGUUCAACCUGUGCGUACAAACUCCAGCGAAAACGUCGACGACGCGUCUCCUCGUGCGAAGAGUAAACAUACCAAGAGGUGGGAUAUCCACCAUCUCCAAUACUAUUGGUGGCAUAAUAUACAAAUAUCAGUAGAGCAGAAAAUUGACCCUCUCCCUGAUUCGGGAAACGUUGACGUUCUCAAAGGAGCAGGUACAGGAGCUGUGAUCUACGUAUUUGAUACCGGGAUCCAGAUUGAUCAUGGAUGGUUCAGGAAGGACCAGGCUAGGGAUUUUAACCUUCCUGAUCCUAGCCAACCGUCCUUCGCAUAUGAGGACAUGAAAGACCACCACGGCCAUGGUAUACAUGUCGCCGGCAUCGUAGUCCAGGCAGCGCCCUGGUCGAUAGUUGUCAACGUGAAGGCUAUGAAUGGGGAUGGAGAAGGAGAGUACCCGGGUACCUUGCGUGCCUUGAAUGAUGUUAUUACCGAACACAAAAUGUCAAAGCCAAAAGCCCGAUUGGUGGCGAGGUUCCGUGAUCAACAUGUCUCUCGCAAUACCUAGGGCUCAGGAAAGCACGGAGGAUGCCCUCAGGCCAGCCCACGACGCGGGAAUACCAAUAGCGGUGGCCGCAGGAAAUAACAACGAGGAUGCAUCAAAUACGAUGCCUUGUAGAUAAGUGGAACCCCACGUUGCUUAAAUUUCUACAGUACUAGGAGGCCAUCAGUCUGGGCAUAAAGAUAGUACCGCUUGAUUGCCACUUUUGAAAGCUAGGUACCACUGCCAGGAGCAACUCCGUUGCCGUGAAGCGUUUCAGUCAAG